AUGGCGAUUCCGCACCGAAGCAUCGGCGAAUGGCUACGGAAUAUUGAUGAAGACUUGGAGGUGUACCGUGGCGAGUUCGAAGAGCUCGGGUACAAUCUUAAGUUCUUGAUGGAAACAGACUGUGAAGAUCUGGAGCAGGACCUGAAGGUGGGAAAGAAGAUAAAGCACGUCCAUCUUCGUUUCAUCCUGAAAGAGCACGCGAAGCUAAAGAUGCGGAAGAUCUCGGAACCAGAUGCGCGUGCAACUCCAGCAAGCACACCAGUGGCGCACGAGGUGACGCAGUUGAUACCCUGCGCCAAAGAUGUCAUGACCUUCAAGCAUCUUGGACAGCACAAGCCAGAUCCGGCAACAAUCGGCACUGGGCAUGUGGUGCUGAUACCCAUUUGGUGCCUGCGCUCGAUCCAAGGGAAGAUUCACGCAGAGAUGACCUUUACCUCGGGAAAACACAAGGAUGCAUCCGUGUUGGAGCUCUAUUAUGAUUUGUUGAGAGAAAGACAACGUCCAGAAGACGUCGAACCGCUGCAAGUGGUGGUAGACAAACGUGGACUGCAUAUUGUGCGAGGACAUCGCCGCAGUGCUGCUUUGUGUAUGCUUCAAGGCAUGUGGCGAUAUCGAACCGUCCUGGCCCCGUGUCUUUUAUACAAAGCAGACGACCCUGUGGUUGCCCAUCAGUUCCUUGACAUGGACACUGAAGUGGAUGGUCUCGGGCUCCAUUUGCAUAGGAGACAUUCUGAGGCUUAUCACAUGGGCAAACCUCUCUUCCGCACACCAGGGGAGUGGUGCGAUUCAGCGGUGGAAGAAUCCUGCAACAGCCAAGAAGUCCGCCCAAUCCCCUUCAGCAGAUCGGACUUGCAAAAUUCUCGGAGAAGUGAAACUAUGAAUAGGACCAGCGCUGCAGCAAAUGCCUCACACCCCGGGACUCAGGGACAAGAUCUUAUUGCAGGAUGCCAGACAGGAUCUCAGGAAGCUUUGAUAUGCCGGCCUUUUGAGCAAGGCCCAACAGCAACUGCAGCUGCCAUUCAGCCCCAAGAUAUGGUAAAGAAAGGUCCUGUUACAGGACCUGGAGAGCUAAGAGAGGGCAUGGUGGUUUGUGUGACGAAGCGCAAGGGUUCAAAGAUGUGUGGUGAGGUCGUGGAAAUCGCUCAGCAUGAUGAAGAUGAGCCUGUGAAAGUGCGGUGCUGUGAUACAAACAGGUCAGGGCAAAUGAAGACAGCUUGGUUUCCCCUGCGCCAGUUACAAGUGCCUGACUUCUCCAAGAUCUACCCAGGCCUGCAGGCAUCUGGCCGCGAUAAUCUUGAUUGUACAGUUGUACAGGUGUCGAAGGCUCAAAAAAGAGCCCACGCUCCUGUGCAAGUACAUUACACAGGUUCGUCGGAUUACGAAGAAUGGCUGGGUGCAGAGAUGUUUUGCAGCAAGUUGCUGAUGUUCCAUGACGCCGUGCUUCCUGCGAAGACCAUGAAGGGUGCUGAGCUGGGCUGCGCAGAACCAAAGUUUGUGUGUUGCAUGUGGCUGGAAGGCAAGUGCUGGAAAAAAGGCCCACAUUUUCUUGGAAAGAGGCUCUACUUGCAUGAGGAUGUUCCUAGUUUGCCCUGUGGCUUUGGGAAAGAUUGCCAUUACAAACACUAUGAGACACGGAAAGGUCCCGUUACAGGACCUGGAGAGCUAAGAGAGGGCAUGGUGGUUUGUGUGACGAAGCGCAAGGGUUCAAAGAUGUGUGGUGAGAUCGUGGAAAUCGCUCAGCAUGAUGAAGAUGAGCCUGUGAAAGUGCGGUGCUGUGAUACAAACAGGUCAGGGCAAAUGAAGACAGCUUGGUUUCCCCUGCGCCAGUUACAAGUGCCUGACUUCUCCAAGAUCUACCCAGGCCUGCAGGCAUCUGGCCGCGAUAAUCUUGAUUGUACAGUUGUACAGGUGUCGAAGGCUCAAAAAAGAGCCCACGCUCCUGUGCAAGUACAUUACACAGGUUCGUCGGAUUACGAUGAAUGGCUGGGUGCAGAGAUGUUUUGCAGCAAGUUGCUGAUGUUCCAUGACGCCGUGCUUCCUGCGAAGACCAUGAAGGGUGCUGACUCUGACGUUCUUGAAGAACGCCAAACAACACCUGCCCUAAACACAAGGGACUCAAAUGGAUUUGAAGAUAGACCCGUACCAGAAUCGCAGGAGCUGGGCUGCGCAGAACCAAAGUUUGUGUGUUGCAUGUGGCUGGAAGGCAAGUGCUGGAAAAAAGGCCCACAUUUUCUUGGAAAGAGGCUCUACUUGCAUGAGGAUGUUCCUAGUUUGCCCUGUGGCUUUGGGAAAAAUUGCCAUUACAAACACUAUGAGACACGGAAAGGUCCUGUUACAGGACCUGGAGAGCUAAGAGAGGGCAUGGUGGUUUGUGUGACGAAGCGCAAGGGUUCAAAGAUGUGUGGUGAGAUCGUGGAAAUCGCUCAGCAUGAUGAAGAUGAGCCUGUGAAAGUGCGGUGCUGUGAUACAAACAGGUCAGGGCAAAUGAAGACAGCUUGGUUUCCCCUGCGCCAGUUACAAGUGCCUGACUUCUCCAAGAUCUACCCAGGCCUGCAGGCAUCUGGCCGCGAUAAUCUUGAUUGUACAGUUGUACAGGUGUCGAAGGCUCAAAAAAAAGCCCACGCCCCUGUGCAAGUACAUUACACAGGUUCGUCGGAUUACGAUGAAUGGCUGGGUGCAGAGAUGUUUUGCAGCAAGUUGCUGAUGUUCCAUGACGCCGUGCUUCCUGCGAAGAGCAUGAAGGGUGCUGACUCUGACGUUCUUGAUCGAGAAUGCUACACGGGAUCCUGGAAAACAUCGAUGUCUCCGAUUGUUGAGCAGAACCCGCGUGGUACGCCAGGUGCGGCAAGUAGUGCUCAGUCCUCCAGAGACGAAGUUCAGAGGGUGAGUGCGGCAGAGGAUGUCGUAACAGCUGCCAUAGCCGAUCUCCCAGAUGCUUUUCCCACCAACGCUUUGCCGUGGCAUGAGCCUGACACGGAGGUUGAUGCAUUUGACCAUGCCCUCCGGGCCACCAAAGAGGCCUUGGGCCGACAAGCGCAGGCAGAAGAGUGGCAAUCAAAGCUUGAACAGACGCUCGCAGCAGUUGAAACUGAAGCUCUGAGUGAGGUUUUGGAAAAACAUGGCUGGUUAGGCUUGCGUGAGGAAGACAGCGACAGUGACUCUGCUACUGACUUCCAGCAUUCAAUUCCACCAUCCAACGACAUGGAGUCAUCCUGUUCUGCUGCACCCAACGACUUGGAGGAUCGAAUGGCGAGACAGCCAGCCACCUUGAACUCCUUGAAGGAGCUCCCGGGGCUGCUGGUCUUGGGAACCUUUCGAUCCACCGGUGGCAAGGAGGCGUUCAAACGUUCUGGGGAGGUCAUCGUGCAUCGUGGGCCUGCAGCAUUGCAUGGCUGCAAGGCUCGAGCUGCGCAGAGUGCAAGUUCAUUGGACGUAGAGAGGAUGGAGCUCUUUGGGCGUAUCGUUCGUGCCGAUGCAUUCGGAGUUCCCAGGCAGAAGCUCUUCGUUUGUGUGAAGCCGAAAGUGGUGCGCAAUGAGAAGUGCGUAGCGUUCAAGCCUAUCAAUGGCAAACUUCCGGGCAUCCAAGUACAGUGGCAGACAGCUUUGAAUUUGCCAAGCAGCCAUGAUUUGCAUGUCGUAGAAGUGCGCGAUUGGAGUGGCGAUCGAUGCCCGAGAGGACAGUACUUGGAAGAGCUGAAAAUGAACUCCCGAAACUCAGACACGUCCAUCUUGGAGGCAGUUCAGAUCUCCCUGAAUUUCUGUGACUGGCCGCGUGGUGAUCCCAGAUGUGAGGUUGCGGUGGCGGACUUCCCUCAGCCUAGCAGGAGAAGGAACGCCCAAGACAGUGGUCUAACUGUGGGCAUUCAGCAUCCAGGUCUACCCAUUGGCAUGGUAAUGUCAUGUGGCCAAGAUGAAUUCCACGUGCACGCAUACCUGGAUGCUCUGGAAAUGGAGAAGGUGGAAAACUUGGUGCGGCAACGGUCGGUGGGAGCAUGGUUCCUGGAUCAUCUCGACAACCCCUUGGAGGCCAACUUGCCGCUCUUCCCGCCCAACAUUGAGGAAGAGAUGACGUUCAAGGUUGGUCUGGAAAGGCCUGCCGUGACCUUCACAUUUCAGGUGGUUCAAGGCAAGCUGGAAGUCUCUGCGGUGGGCGAAACCACUGUUUUGUGCCACCGCAUCCUGACCCCACAAGAGGCUGGAAAAAUGAUCCUCUCUGAUGAGGGAGGUGAUUUCGGAAAGGUGCUCCGAAGCCUACAUUCCUAUGUGCUAGAGUUUCGGAGAGCUGACGUUGCCAAAGGAAGUGGAUCUGCCUUGGAACAUUUGUUGGUGGACUUGGAAGAUGGCAAAGCACACCCGGCAGCUUUGGCCCAGAACAGGGAGGAAGGCAAUGUCAAAGCCACUGCGCACCUCCGAUGUGCCGUCAUCUGCUGGGACUCAGACGGAGGGCAGAGAGAGAUGACAUGCCUGACCUUUUUCUUGGCGACGGAAUUCGGAACGCCCUCGGUGAUCGAAGACGAGACAAGGUGCCGCCAGAGGUUUGUGCUGCGUGAGCAGCUUCGGUCUUGGCAGGAGAAACAGACAGAGAAGGCGGGAGAGGUCUUGACUAUGACGAGUGGCGGCUUUCGCACGGUGCAGACGAUGGCUAUUCUUAAUGAGGCCCUGAAGCCCUUGGCUUUGCAGGUGGCGACCGAUGGCUUACCCUUCAGCGAUGGCAUGGAGGUUACUGUGCCGACCCUUGUGACCUUGGCGAUGGUGAAAGAACACUUGGACUUGCAACAGCGAGCAGCGGAUAGCCAGGAGAAAGACCAGCUUCUAGGCCCACUCCUUGCAACGGAGCAGCGCUUGCAGGGCUGCAUGUGCAUGGUGGAUCGCCAUGUGGGAGCAACUUUGACCACCGAUGCCUGGAACCAAUUCUUGGACAGCGAGGAUAGCGAGGGAGCUGCCAAACUCACAGUGAGAUACGCCCAUGGUCGUGCUAAUGCCAACACGCGGAAGGUCAUUGAACGCCUGCUUUGCGUCAAGCCCUGUGACAGAGACAAGGAGAUCCGAUUAGCAGAUACUUGGCGCAAUAUGAGUUCUUGUCGCAAUGAGGCAAUUGGUGGCAUUGGGAGCCCCGAUGUCACGCUGGAGGCUCAGGUUACGUCUCCGUUGCAUCGCUACAUCGACAUUUUGGGCAUGAGAGCUUUGAAGUCUCAGCUUGGAUGGACGGCUUCUCCUCACCUGCUGCUCUCCCGGAGGGAGUUGGAGGAGGCCGUCGCCCGGACCAACUGCCGGAUGGCCGCGGAAAGCUUCGGGCAGCACAUCUUUCGGACCAUCUCGAGGAUGCGAGAGUUGUCCGGCAGUGGCCAGUUGAUCCAUGAUGCAGUGAUUGGAGAAGAGCUGAAAGUUCCAGUGAGCUCCUUGUGCAGUUCUGCCUGCGUAUCGGACUACGAUGCAGCCGACCGUUCCAUAAAACUCACCAUGCAGCGCAACAGGGAUCAGGUGGAGACCUUGCGGAUUCACUCAUGGUCUGCCCCACAAAUGACCUGUGUGAUCGCUCGCAACUACGCCCAACCCAUCGUGCACCAUGCCAGCCCCAACUCCAUUGUGGUUUGGGAAGUCAGGUUUCACAGAGAGAAGGUGAAACUUCUUCCUCCCAGGGGGAGUCAAGAAGCCUUUGACAAGUCAUAUGAAGAUGAAGAGAUGCACGUCCUUCUUCAUAGCCGAAUUGUCAUCACUACCUGUACGAACGCUUAUCUCCACACCGCUCUGGUGAAGGGGGAGCCACCCGAUGUCCUCCGCCCGGUGAGUUUCGACAGCAUCGUCAUCGACGAGGCGGCGCAAGCCAGCGAGCCAGACGUCGUUCUACCGGCCACGUCAGCCUGGUGCCGCGUCAUCGUGGUUGGUGAUCACAAACAGCUAGGUCCAGUGGUGACAGAGACCAACUUGUGUGCACCUUACAUCAGCGCUUUGGAAACCCCUUUCUUGGAAAGGAUGUACCAAAACCCUCGACGCUCAUGGGCGAGCACCAUGCUGAAUAUGCAGUACCGGAUGCAUCCUUCCAUCCGAAGCUUUCCAUCGGCGCAGUUUUACGAGUCCAUGCUGGAGGAUCAGGUGUUGAUCGAACAUCGGCGGCAGCUGGACUGCAUCUGGCCACAGAAGAAGGAGCAUCGGUGCUUCGUCGAUUGCCGGACGCCGCAGUCCAUCGGCCUCUCCCCUGAACUAAACCGCACCUGCGAUGCGGCUUUGAUGGAGAGCAAGGUGUCCCUAAAGAACGUGGUAGAGGCUCGAUCUGUGGUGACUGCCUGCGCAGCCCUGCUGCGACAGGGGUGUGCACCGCGAGACAUCGCGGUGAUCACUCCAUACAAAGCCCAGCAACAUGAGAUUCGUGCCAGGUUGGAGCGAAACAAGGACAUUGGCUCCAAAGCAGCAUCCAUGUUGGUGGGCACUGUGCACUCUAUGCAGGGCUUGGAGCGCGAGUACAUCAUUGUAAGCUUCGUCCGCAGUACCUCGGAAGAGGAGGAUGCGGUGACCUCGGUGGCGAAGACGGUUGGGGACUUCUUGGCGCUGCAGGAGAUGUGCAGAGAAGACCUGGGCAUCCUGAAGAACUACAGGGUGCUAAAUGUGGCCAUCACGAGACCCAAGUAUGGCCUCAUUUGUGUUGGAAAUGCAGAUGUGUUGAGCAAAGGAUCAAAAGACUUCAAUGCGUUCAUCCACAGCUUGAGACGCGUCGAAGGCUCCAGCCCAAGACGGCGCGUUUCGCAGUGCGUAGAUGAAGGCAUUGAUGUCUCGCCCGAUCCGCGAAGCAUUCGCAGUGGGAAGGUGGUGCAGAUCCCCAUCUGGUGCUUGCGCUCGAUCCAAGGGAAGGUUCACUCGGAGAUGACAUUUACAUCCGGAAGACACAAGGACACUUCUGUCUACGAGCUCAUUCAUGACAUGUUGAGCGGUAGACAACGUCCAGAGGAUAUCGAGCCGCUGAGGGUUGUAGCGGAUAAAAGAGGGCUGCACAUCGUCAGAGGACACCGGCGUGGUCUUGCUCUCUGUGCUCUUCAAGGCAUCUGGCGGCAUCAAACAGUGCGGGCACCAUGCAUUGUGUAUGAUGCCAAGGACCCAGAGGUUGCAGGUCCUUUCGUUCACAACAAGGACACCAUGGUGGAUGGCCUUGGACUGAAAUUGCAUGGGAAAUGUUCAGAGGCCUGGCACCUGGGCAAGCCUCUUUUUCGUACACCACAAGAGUGGUGCGAUCUGAAGGCUGAUCUUCCUGUGCCUGACUUGCAAAAUCCACAAAGAAGUGAACCUAGCACCAGAUCCACUGUGCAUCCUUUUGAUCCAAGGGCCAAGACUGGAGGAGAAAUAUCUCCAAACAGUCAAAGAGAUUCUUCCGCAGCUGGCUCUGAUGGGUCUGAUGAUGAAUCAACGGCUGAAUCACACCAUCUUUCUGGGGAUAACAAUGCAGAAUCGAAGUUCGUUUGCUGCCUGUGGCUGCGUGGAAAGUGCUGGCUGAAAGGGCACCAUUCAGUUGGGAAGAACCUCUUCUUGCAUCAGGAUAUCCCUGGUUUGCAAUGUGGGAUGAAGAAAAAGUGCAAGUACAAGCACUAUGAGAGAAGCAAUGCCUCUUUGGAUGUCUCCCCAACUUUGAGAUGGCGGGCUGCUGAAAAUGAUCCUCCAAUGAUCCCAGCCACUCAGCCUGACGAUCAGAUAAGAAAUGGCUCCAUGGCCGGACAUGUAGAGCUCAAAGAAGGCACGGUUGUUUGUGUGAUGAAUCGAAGUGGCUCAAAGACGUCUGGCGAGGUCCUGGAAAUCUCUCGGCAUGCAAACCAUGAUGAAGCACCAGUCAGAGUACGUUACAGCUCAAAAGGCCAAGCAGGGCAAAUGAAGACAGCUUGGCUUCCGCUGCACCGGCUGCAGGUGCCUGACUUUUCCCAGAUCAAGCCCAAAAUGCAGGCAUCUGGCCGCAAUAAUCUUGAUUGUAAAGUUUUGCAAGUCUCAAGGGCUAAAGACAGAGCCCGUGCUCCAAUACACGUGCAUUACACUGGUAAAACCUCACAGCCUGACGAGUGGAUUGGAGCGGAGACAUUUCACAGCAAGUCGUUGCUGUUCCACAAGCCCGUCCUGCCCGCACGGUGUUUGAAAGGUAUGUGUUCUGAAAGCCAUGAAGAAUUACAAACAGAGCCCGCCGCAACUGCCUCAGUUGGAUCUUCAUCAGAAUCACAGAAUCUUGCCAGAGAAUGUGGAGAGCUACGAAAAGGCAUGGCGGUUUGUGUGAAGAAGGACAGCGGAUCAAACCUGAUGUCUGCCAAGAUUCUUGAAGUAUCACGGCUUUCAAACCGUCAGCAAGCACCUGUGAAAGUGCGUUACAGCGCACCAGACAAAGCAGGCCGGUAUCAAGAAAGCUGGAUUCCCCUGCACCGGGUACAAGUGCCUGACUUUUCCAAGAUCAAGCCAGGUGUUGAGGUAACUGCUUCUGAACGGGAGACAGGUGCACGUUUCGCGUGUCGAGUCUUGCGAGUAUCGGACGAGAAAGACAGGGCCCAAGCUCCUUUGUACGUGCACUACGGUGGAUACGUGUCAGAUCACGAUGAGUGGGUAGGUGCAGAUAGGCUUCACAGCAAAUUGCUGAUCUUCCAUGAGGCCAAACUUCCCAGUGAGAAGAGCCGGCAAAGCCAGCUUGCCACAAUUGGCUAUGCUGAUGGACUGGUGUCAAAACCCCAGGAUGUUUUGGUUGAUGGAAGCGAAGCAAGGUUCGUUUGCUGCCUGUGGUUGGCUGGAACAUGUUUGCAUGAAGAGCACCAUUCUGUUGGGAAGAACCUCUUCUUGCAUCAGGACAUCCCUGGUUUGCAAUGUGGGAUGAAGAAAAAGUGCAAGUACAAGCACUAUGAGAGAAGCAAUGCCUCUUUGGAUGUCUCCCCAACUUUGAGAUGGCGGGCUGCUGAAAAUGAUCCUCCAAUGAUCCCAGCCACUCAGCCUGACGAUCAGACAAGAAACGCGUCAAUCACAGGACACGCAGAGCUCAAAAAUGGCAUGGUUGUUUGUGUGAAAGGUACUGGUUCAACCAGAAUGUUUGGCAAGGUUCUCGAAAUAUCUUCGCUUUCAAAGCGUGACCAAGCACCAAUCAGAGUACGUUACACCGCAACAGACCAAGCAGGGCAGUGCAAAGAGGAUUGGUUUUCAUUGCGCCAGUUGCAAGUGCCUGACUUUUCUCACAUCAAGUCAGGCAUGAAGGCAAAUGUUGUUGAAGCUGCAACCGGAAAGAACAGUGAUUGCAAAGUGUUGCAAGUGUCGCAUGCGAAAGACAAAGCCCAAGCUCCUGUGCUUGUGCAUUACAACGGCUAUGUGUCAGAUGAUGACGAGUGGGUCGGUGCAGACAGGUUUCGCAGUAGGUCUUUGAUCUUCCAUGAGGCCAAACUUCCCAGUGAGACUUCGAAGAGCCGGCAAAGCCAGCUGGCCACAACUGGCUCUGAUGUCUAUACUGAUGGACUGGUGUCAAAACCCCAGGAUGUUUUAGUUGAUGGGAGCGCAGAAUCGAAGUCAGUUGGCCGCACUUGGCUUGCCGGAAGGUCCUCAUGGGAAGGUCAAGAUUCUGGUGCGAUGAAGCGCUACAAACUCCACGAGACCAGAAUAGCCGCGGUCCAGCGAGGUGCAGAGCAUGUGGGAUAUCAGACCUUUGCGGGAGACCCUCCCAUCAUUGCAACUGCUGCUCAGCACUCUAAAAGGAAGCCUACAGCACAUGCUGCAUCCCCCAUUGCUUUGCCAUGGUAUGAACAUGACUCUGAAGCUGACGCCUCGGACGCUGCUAAUUCACCACGGUCCGAUAGGCCACUGGGCCCGCGUGAGGAGGACAGUGACGGUGGUUCUGAUACCUACUCAGAGCCUCCGAUUCCACCAUGCGAUGGUAUUGAGUCAUCUUGUGCUGCUGCGCCCAACGACUGGGAAGAGCGCAUGGCCAGACAGCCAUCCACCUUGGACUUCUUGAAGCAGCUCCCAGGGCUGGUGGUCUUUGGGACCUUCCGAUCCACUGGUGGCAAGGAGGCGUUGAAACGUGCUGGAGAGGUCAUUGUUCAUCGUGGUCCUGCAGCAUUACAAGGUUGCAAAGUCAGGAUUUGGGGCAACAAAACCCGGGGUCCCACUUGGGACUUUGACCGAUGCUAUGUGCAGAUCUUGGAUGCUCGUGUUUGGGGGCCUAGCCGCAAACCAUCACAUGGAAGUGCGAUUGAUGUGGAAAGGAUGGAAUUCUUCGGAUGCAUCCGGCAUGCCAUAGAAUUUGGAGUUCCCCGGCAGAAGCUCUUUGUGUGCAUGAAGCCGAAAGUGGUGCACAAUCCGAAACACGUUGCAUUCAAGCCGAUCAAUGGCAAACUUCCAGCCAUCCAAGUACCCUGGAAAACAGCCUCCGAGCUUCCAAGCGGCCAUGAUUUGCAUGUGGUAGAGGUGUGUGAUUGGAGUGGCGAUAGCUGCCCCAGGGGCCGUUAUUUGAAGGCCUUGAAGAUGAAAUCACGCCACACCGACAUGUCCAUCCUCAAGGCAGUUCAGAUCUCCCUGAAUUUCUGUGACUGGCCGCUGGGCGAUCCAAGAAACGAGCUGACAGUGGACUUUCCGCAGCCUGCAAGGAGAAGGGUCGCAGAUAGUGGUUUGACCGUGGGCAUCUCACAUCCAGAUCUACCCACUGGCAUGCUGAUGUCCUGCGGCGAGGACGAAUUCUACAUGCACGUGCUGGAUGUGAACGCGUAUUUGGAUGCUCUGGGGAUGGAGAAGGUGGAAAACUUGCUACGGCAACGGUCGGUCGGAGCAUGGUUCCUGGAUCAUCUCGACAACCCCUUGGAGGCCAACUUGCCACUGUUCCCGCCCAACGUCGAGGCGCAGCUGACAUUCAAGCCGGGAGUAGAAAGGCAUGCAGUGACCUUCACCAUCCAGGUGCCUGAGUUCAAAGUCUCCGCAGUGGACGAAACGACUGUGCGAUGCAAUCAUAUUCUGAGCCCCCAGGAGGCUGGAGUCAUGAUCCUCUCGGACAAGGGAGGUGAUGUUGGCCAAGUGCUCCGAAGCCUGCAUUCCCAUAUGGCGGAGAUUGGGAGAGCUGACCUUGCAAGAGGAAACGGGUCCACCUUGGAACAUUUGUUGGUAGCGGUUUCCAUUCCAGGUCCACUUUUAGCGACGCAGCAACUCUUGCACAGCUGCAUCUCCACGGUGGAGCGUUACAUCGGAACAACUUUGACUGCUGAUGCCUGGAAAAAGCUCUUGCACGACGAGGAAGAUGCAGAGCUCACGGUGAGAUACGUCCAUGGCCGGGCUGAACCUAGCACACGGAAGGUCAUCGAGCGGUUGCUUCGGGUCAAACAGAGUGACCGAGACAAGGACAUCCACAUAGAGGAUGUGAUAGAGACGCUGAGAGAGAUAUUGCAGCAACCGGGGCUCACGAAUGCGCAGAAGCAUGCCAUGCGCUCUUCCUUCCUCCGGCGUUUGCAUGCUGCACUUCCA